ACGUGCAUUACGAGGAAGGCGGCGAAAUCGAAAAUGGCAGAAUGCAGUUUCUGGGUGCAGACCACAAACCCCAUUUUUGUUGAAUUGCAAAGGUAAAGCUGAAUCCUAAAACAAAAACCCACCAAAGGUAUGGUUUCCUCUUUCUGUUUAUCAGUAUACCCAGAUGGUAUCUUCUUCUUUUGCUUUGUGCAGUAGUGUUCUAGAUUUCUAUGUGGGUUCAUAAAAAGGUUGCAGAAAGAUCAUGGUCUUUAUUUUGUCACAUUAGCAAUAAGAGUAUAUUAAUGUUCUUUGGGAAAAAUUCACAUUUUGGUUUGGACUUUGGAGGUGUAUAUUAAUGCUCUAUAAUUGAACUCUGUAAAUGAUAUCUAAUCCUUGUUUUCUUAUGGUGUUCCCUCCCUUAGUUUCUGCUAUUUUGUAUGAGACAUAUCCAAGAAAAUGGAGGUAUGCUGUUAGACUAGUGUCACUUAGCUACAGUUUCUAAAAACCAGAUAUAUGUUGUUCUGUAACAUCCCAGAAACCUUGGAGAUUUCGUGUGAUGCAUAAGCCUUGGAGAAACCUUGGAGCUUCCAUUUUAUAAACACUUCAGUAGAUGAUUCUGUUAGCAUCGCAAAGUCCGGUCACAUAUCACACUGCUUUUAGUUUGGUCUUGAAUUAGGAUUGUUUUCAUGCAUUUCACAAGACUGCAAUUCAGAAGGAGUCGAUUACAUGUGGAUUUUGUCACUAUGUAUUUGGCAAAAUUCCUUGGAUUUGGUAUUAUUCCCAGAUGCCAGGAGUCCCGAGUAUAUCAAAGACAUGCUUGUAAAAUUUGGAGUGUGGAAAUGAGGGUUAAUGAAGUGGACUAGGAAUUGUCAUUGAGUAGGAAAGUUAAUGACAAUUUCCCUGUGUUUGGAACUUUAUGUCAGAUGUGAGUCAGUGAUAAAUUAUUAUUUUUCUGUUCUUGUUCUUGUUCCAUCUCUUUUCUUGGCUCUUCGAUGAAUUUCAUUUGCUUUGCCUUGCUUAUUCUAGGAUUUUAAGACAAACCUUCUGGACAAACAUUGAAGUCUAUAAAAUCUGACGAUGCAUAACUAUUAGUGUCUAAUCCCAAAACAACUAUAGGGCUCACAGUUCCAAUUAUAGAGUUCCCACUAGUUACUCCCACCCGUCCCAUUGGCCUUGGUUCUCUUUGAAGCCAAAACUAAAAAACCAACUACUUCUGCUGACUAUUUUGUACCAUGGAAACUUUGGGUGCUUUCUUUGUUGAAGUUUGCAAGUCUUUAACCAAAUUCAUGUGGUCGAAGUUUGCCACCCUGAAAAAAUUCCCAAAAAACAUCCAAACUUUGAAGAAGGAGUUGCAAAGCCUCAGUUGCCGAAGGGAUGAGAUAACAGAUGAUAUUGAUAUAGCAAAACUAGAAGGGAAGUUCCCAGCAAGGCAAGUUGUGGAUUGGCUUAAGAAGGUUGAAGCCAUCGAACGUGCUGUUGAGGAGGAGAUUGACCUUAAAGUACAGCCAGUUUUGCAAGAAGUUCAUAUUAAUGCUUCUGUUAAUGGCCAGGGAUGUCUUUUUGACUCUAACAUGCACCAGAGGUACCAUCUUAGCAAAACUGCAGCAAAGAAGUGUGAUGAGGUAAAACAAUUAAUUACUGAAUCAUACAAUUUUCCUACCAUGUGGGAUGCUUUGAGGCUUCGUGAUAUACCCAUUCAGCAUAUUCCGGCACCAUCUCUUGUUGGUCAGAAAGCACAAGAGAAGCUAAAGCAGCUGAUGGAAUUUCUGGCUGAUAAUAAGGUCAGAAGGAUUGCUGUCUAUGGAAUGGGAGGUUCUGGGAAGACUACGCUUGUAAAAACCUUGAACAAUCAGCUCCAGUCUUCUGCUUCAAAGUUAUGUGAUAUGGUCAUCUGGAUCCCUGUCUCAAAUGACUUGGAUGUGAGUAAGGUUCAAUCUCGAGUUGCUGAGAGAUUGAACUUAGCAAUGAAUGCAGAACAGAGCAUAGAGUGUAGGGCUUGUAGAUUACAUCAAGCAUUAAAGUCAGGAAAACGGUUCCUCCUUAUUCUUGAUGAUGUUUGGGAGAAAAUUGACUUGGACACCGUGGGGAUACCACAAGGUGAUGACCAAGCAAACUGCAAGAUCGUAAUGACAACUCGAUCUCUUGCCGUGUGUAGGGAAAUGAUGACUGAUAAGGAACUAAAGAUGGAACUUCUGAAUGAGGAAGAGGCUUGGAAUUUAUUUGCACGGAAUGCAGGAAAUGUAGUGGAGUCAGAACACAUAAAUCCUCUAGCAAGAGCAAUUGCUAGCGAAUGCGGUGGUUUACCACUGGCAAUUGAGACUAUGGGGAAGUCAAUGAGGGACAAAACAAUGAUAGCGCUAUGGAAGAAUGCACUAUGCCAGUUGAAGCAUUCAGCAUCACAUUAUGGGAGCUUUGACAAGGUGCAUCUGCGACUGGAAUUGAGUUAUAACUCUUUACCAAGUAAGAUUCUUAAGAGGUGUUUCUUGUUUUGUUCAUUGUACCCAGAAAAUUUCUUAAUUACUGCAAGAGAACUAAUAUGUGGCUGGAUAGCGGAUGGAUUAAUUAUUGAGCAUCAAACGUUAGAGGAGUCAUUCAAUGAUGGGAUUGCAAAAAUUGAAUAUUUGAAAGACUCUUGCAUGCUAGAACAGGGUGAAUGCAUUGGAACAGUAAAGAUGCACAGUGUAUUGAGGGAAGUAGCCUUGUGGAUAUCCUCAAAUAGAAAAGAAACCGGGUUUUUCAGCUGCUCAAUGCUGGGAAUGCAAGAAAAGUUGGAGAGUUCUAUCAGAGGAGUUUCAUUUAUGAAGAACUCUAUAACCACUUUGCCAAGUCGGUUCUCAGGGUGCUCCAACCUUACUGUAUUGUUCCUCCAAUGUAAUCCUCUGUAUAAAAUUCCUGAUGGUUUCUUUCGAGAACUUAGAGCCCUAAGAUUCUUGAAUCUAAGCAGCACUCAAAUAUCUUCCUUGCCUUCUUCUCUUCUUCAACUAGCAGAGCUACACACUCUUCUCUUAAGAGACUGUUCUUCCCUUGAAAAUCUGCCUCAAAUUGGAGCUCUUUAUAAACUCCAGGUGCUUGAUCUCUCUGGCACUCGCAUAAGAGAACUUCCAAAAGACAUGGGAACGUUAACUCAUUUGAGAGAUCUAAACUUGUCGCACACAAACCACUUAGAAAGUAUCAUAGCUGGAAGCAUCUCAGGUUUAUAUAGUCUUGAGGCCUUGGACAUGUCUUCCAGUGCUUAUAAGUGGGAUUUGGAACGUAACGUAGAAGGAGCACCAUUUGAUGAAAUUCUAUCCUUGCAGGGACUUUCAGUUCUUCACAUAAGGCUAGACACAGUUAAUUGUGUUGCCUUGGACUCGGAUGGCUCUUGGUUUGGAAGAUUGAAAGAGUUUUCUAUUUGGAUUGGUCCAAGGAGCUGCGAUUCAAGCUAUUUACCAACUCAGCAUGAUGAGAAAAGGGUCAUACUUAGAGGGGUUGACCUCUUGCAAAGUGGCCUCGAGGGGUUAUUGUAUAGUGCAAGUUCCCUGGAUCUGGUCACAUGUGGAGGUAUAAGUAGUUUAUCUGAUCUAAUUUCCAGCAGGAAACUGGGUGGCCUGCCAAACUUGAAGUUUCUCACCAUCUCAAAUUGUGACUGCAUCACUAGUUUGUUAAUUGGCGAAGAAACUCUUGGGAGCACAUUGUCAAAUCUGGAGCAUUUGACUCUCAAUUGCCUAAACAACUUGGAAACCAUGGUGGACAGGAUAGUCCCUAGAGGAUGCCUUGGCAAACUAAAGAUGAUUGAAGUGAUGGGAUGCCGAAGACUAAAGACUCUCAUAUCCUUCACUUUACUUCGACGGGUUCAAAAUGUUGAAGAAAUCAAGGUGAGUGACUGCAGAAGGAUGAAGAAAAUUAUUGUAAAUAUCAAUUUGUGUGAAACUCUUCCAAAGCUGAAAUACAUAGAACUAAGGAAUAUGGACAGCUUAACAGCUAUUUGUUCAAAGGCCACAAAGUGGUCUGCUCUGGAAAGGAUUGAAGUGAGCGAUUGCCCCAAGCUAGAGAAGCUUCCACUCAGAGCCCAGAAUGCAGCAAAUCUUAAAGAAAUUAGAGGGGACUUGAGUUGGUGGAAUGGUCUUAGAUGGGAAAAUGAUGGAGAUAAGAUCAGUCUCGAGCAACGAUUCCAGGUGUGUGCAGACUCCACACUGCUGUUAAGAGAGGAUACAGAGGCUUGAAGAUGUGAAGAUACGUACAAAGUGGUGAGGAUGUCUAAGUACAAGUUCCAGAUACAGUACAUGGGUUUAAUCUCCUAUUUGUAGCAAUAUUGCUGUCUUAUUCUUUUGUUGUUAUUUGUAACGCAUUCCAUUACUUCAUAGCUUUAAUCUUCUUGUGUACUAGUGACAUUUUAUAAUUUUGAGGU